CACACACACACACACACACACACACACACACACACACACGUUCACAGACGCGCAAAUUGGCUUUUGAGCAGCUUACGUUUUGUGCGCUGCGAGCUUUUCGUCGUACUACCUUUGCAAGGUGCUGUGGAUAUUAUGUCAUCCGACAAUGCUGUCGGCGGUGGCCAGUCAAACCCAGAGAUGGUCAGGGGACAAAUAUUUGACGUCGGUCCGAGGUACACAAAUCUGUCGUACAUCGGAGAGGGAGCUUACGGAAUGGUCGUGUCGGCUUUUGACAAUGAGACAAAUUGCAAAGUAGCCAUAAAAAAAAUUUCACCAUUUGAACAUCAGACAUAUUGUCAACGGACAUUGCGAGAAAUUAAAAUAUUAACUAGAUUUAAACACGAAAAUAUAAUUGAUAUAAGAAAUAUCUUAAGAGCGGAAACUAUUGAACAAAUGAAAGAUGUAUACAUUGUUCAAUGCUUGAUGGAGACUGAUUUGUAUAAGCUUUUAAAAACUCAGAGACUGAGCAAUGAUCACAUUUGUUAUUUCCUUUAUCAAAUUCUUCGAGGGCUUAAAUAUAUACAUUCAGCAAAUGUCCUUCACCGUGAUCUCAAACCUAGUAAUCUGCUUCUCAACACAACGUGUGAUCUCAAAAUAUGUGAUUUUGGCCUUGCAAGAGUUGCAGAUCCUGAUCAUGAUCACACUGGAUUUCUUACAGAGUAUGUAGCCACAAGGUGGUAUCGUGCUCCCGAAAUUAUGUUGAAUUCAAAAGGAUAUACAAAAUCAAUUGAUAUGUGGUCAGUUGGUUGUAUUUUAGCUGAAAUGCUUUCCAACAGACCAAUAUUUCCUGGUAAACAUUACUUAGACCAGUUAAAUCAUAUAUUGGGAAUACUUGGUUCACCAACUGCAGUCGAUUUGUUAUGUAUUAUUAAUGAUAAAGCUCGUAGUUACUUACAGUCGUUGCCCUUUAAACCAAAAAUAGCUUUUUCAAAACUUUAUCCAACAGCUGAUCCAAAAGCUUUGGACUUACUGGAUAAAAUGCUGACAUUCAACCCUCAUAAUAGAAUCACAGUUGAAGAGGCUCUGGCACAUCCGUAUCUUGAACAGUAUUAUGACCCUGCUGAUGAGCCUGUUGCAGAAGAACCAUUUAGAUUUGCUACAGAAUUAGAUGAUCUACCCAGAGAAACUUUAAAACAAAUGAUCUUUGCUGAAACUGUGAAUUUCAAACAAAAUGUGUAGGCAAAGUAUGGAUACUAUAUGUUUUUAAUUCCUUACAGUGCUUAAACUCUUAUUCUUCUAAAUUUUGAACUUAUAUUGCAUUUAAAUGUUUGAUACAUUUCUCGCUUCUUUAAAAUUCUUUACAAAUAAAAUAUAAUCCUAUCCUUAAGUCUAAAAUAUUCAUCUUAGUAUUAAGUAUGACUUAUUAUGUAGUUAAAUUGUAUGUAUUAUUAUUAUUAUAAAUUUAAUAUUUAAUUUAUAUUAUUUGAUUUUUAUCAAAUUUGUUGUUACAUAAUCAGAUAUUAGCCUUAUAAAGUAUUUGCCCCAAAGCAUAUUUUCCUUUUGAGUGUCAAAAAUAAAUAUUGUUAGUUUUGAAAUAUUUAAUAAUACUAAUGUGAUCGUCUAAAGGCAAUCACUGCAUUAUGAUAAAAAAAUAUUUAGCUAGAAUUUAAAUAGUGUACAUUUUUUUGUUCCCAUCCGGCCAUUUCCCCCAUUCCCUGUCAUUUGUGAUAAUAUUCAUGGUACUUACACAGUAUAUUUAUUAAUAUUUUAUUAGAUGUCGUUUAGAAAUUAAAUCAAUGUUAACAUCACAGGAUGUAAAAUUGUGUUGUUAGCCUAAUUAAGGAGUAAAUAAUUAAAACAUAUUGAUAUUACACACAUUUUAAAGUUUAAAAUUCAAUAUUUUCUUUAAUUGUUUCACAAAAAAAAAAAAAAUUAAAAAUUGUUGUGCUAUUAAUACCGUAAGUGACCUAUUUUUGAAAAUAAAGUCGAUUAAACAUUUAA